AUGCCAAAAGCUAAAAGGGAAACUCGUGCAAGGUCAAAGUCGAGAUCAAGCUCGAGAAGUCGAAGCAGUAGCCGGAGUCGUAGUACAAAAAAGAAUUCCAUCCCGGUGACACCCACUGCUGUCACGCCACCCAGAUCUCCUGAGCACUUGAAAUCUUCAACCCAGUCCAAAUCUACAGGUCGAUCAAAAUCUCCAGCUCGGUCAAAGUCUCCAGCCCGGUCAAAAUCCCCAACUCGGUCAAAGUCUCCAGCCCGUUCACUUCCCAAGAAAAGCAAAGUCAAGGCUGAACCGACUCCCCCUACAAGGAUAUCAAGUCGAAUUGCCGCAAUGGAGGAGGAAAAGAAAAUUGUGGACACGAAGGAGAUACUACUAAAGUCUGUUAUAGAGACGAAGGUUCUUGAAGAAAAGAAAAUAUUUGAAGACAAAAAAUUUGAAGAUGAGAAGAAAGUACGCAAGACAAGCAAAAAGGAAUUUGGGGGCACCAUUGGUGUGCUCUUUUUCAUGGUCACACUACCUGCCAUUGUUUUCACCCUCAUUCAAAUGUGUCACAAGGACAAGUGCAGCAUUUGGACUGUGCCAAAGAUACCAAAGAACUGGAAAUAUUACCUUGACCCCAAGGCUGGUGCUAUUGUUGUUGGAUGGUUUAUCCUGCAGGCACUCCUUGCUGUUCUUCCAUUUGGCAAAGUUGUUGAGGGUCAACCUUUGGUUGAUGGAACUCGUCUGCGCUAUCGAUGCAAUGUUGGAGUAUAUAUGCAACUGCCACUCACAAUGGUCUAUGACAAACUUUUCCCUCUGAUGAUCUCUUCAAUGAUUUUCAGUCUUGUGUUCAGCCUCUUUUGCUACAUCAAGUCACGAAGAGCUCCUGUUACAGCCCUUGCAGCAGGCGGCAACACUGGUAAUGUCCUCUACGAUUUUUUUAUGGGUCAUGAACUGAACCCACGUAUUGGGCCAUUGGAUUUUAAAAUCUUUUUUUCUCUGCGAAUGAGUUUGAUUACCUGGUUAGUCAUCAAUUUGUGUUUCAUCCUGAAAGCCAAUCAAGAUGCUGGCGGCUGCCCUCCAGCAUUGAUUGCUGUAACUAUUUUCCAAGGCUUAUAUGCUGCUGAUGCUUUAUGGUUUGAGGAAGCCUUUCUGACAACACUGGACAUUCUUUAUGAUGGUUUUGGAUUUAUGUCGGCCUUUGGAAAUCUUGUCUAUGUUCCUUUCCUUUACUCCCUGCAAGGUCUUUACUUGGUUCGACACAAAGUGGCUUUACCCUAUUAUAUAUUGGCAGUGAUCACAUUUUUAAAUGUUGUUGGUUAUGUCAUAUUCCGAGGAUCCAAUUCGCAGAAGAAUGAAUUCAGACGAGAUCCAUUCAAGCCUAGCAUGGCUCACCUUGACAGCAUCCCUACAAUCAGUGGUAAACGUUUAUUAGUUUCCGGUUGGUGGAAACUUUGCCGGAAGCCAAAUUAUCUUGGAGAUAUCAUUAUGGCUGUUGCCUGGUCUCUGACUUGUGGAUUUGGUAGCAUUGUCCCUUAUUUUUAUCCUAUCUUCAUCACCAUCUUCUUGAUCCACCGGGAACGCCGAGAUGCUGCAAACUGUCAGCAAAAACAUGGUGUCAGCUGGGAACGGUACUGCAGUGCUGUCAAGUACCGGAUAUUCCCUUACAUCUACUGA